GAAGCUGGCCCUCAAGUACCACCCCGACAAGAACCCCGAUGAUCCAGCGGCUGCCGAGCGCUUCAAGGAGAUCAACAGCGCCCACGCCACGCUCAGCGAUGUGGACAAGCGCCGCCUGUACGACCAGUACGGCUCCCUCGGCCUCUACGUGGCCGAGCAGUUCGGCGACGAUGCUGUCCGGCACUACUUCCUCAUGUCCAAGUGGUGGUUCCAGGCACUGGUGCUGUGCUGCGGGGCCCUCACCUGCUGCUGCUGCUGCUGCUGCUGCUUCUUCUGCUGUGGGACGUGCUGCCAGCCCAAGGAGGAUGAGUCCUACAAGUACGUGGACCCCAAGGACCUGGAGGCGCAGAUGCGGGCAGAGGACAGCG